AACCCCGCAGUGGUGAGAUUCCCGGUGGUAAUUCUGGCUGAUUCAUUGUAGUCGGGCUGAAACUGAGCAGGCACUCUGACAUUGUCUCUCUCUCAUUGCACAGAUCUAAGGAAUGGACCGGCUUUUGAGGCUUGGAGGGGGAAUGCCCGGACUCAGCCAGGGUCCUCCCACAGAUGCCCCCGCUGUGGACACAGCUGAACAGGUGUACAUCUCCUCACUCGCCCUGCUGAAGAUGCUGAAACAUGGCCGUGCUGGUGUGCCCAUGGAAGUCAUGGGUCUGAUGCUGGGGGAGUUUGUAGAUGAUUACACUGUACGCGUGAUUGACGUGUUUGCCAUGCCACAGUCAGGAACAGGUGUGAGCGUGGAGGCCGUGGACCCUGUUUUUCAAGCCAAGAUGUUGGACAUGUUAAAGCAGACGGGAAGGCCUGAGAUGGUGGUGGGCUGGUACCACAGUCACCCUGGUUUUGGCUGCUGGUUGUCAGGUGUGGACAUUAACACACAGCAGAGUUUUGAGGCGCUGUCAGAACGUGCCGUUGCCGUGGUGGUCGAUCCCAUCCAAAGUGUCAAGGGAAAGGUUGUGAUUGAUGCUUUCAGGCUAAUAAAUGCCAAUAUGAUGGUACUGGGUCACGAGCCACGUCAAACCACUUCUAACCUGGGACACCUCAACAAGCCCUCUAUUCAGGCUUUGAUUCAUGGGCUCAACAGACAUUAUUACUCCAUUACCAUUAACUACAGGAAGAAUGAAUUGGAACAGAAGAUGUUGCUGAACCUCCACAAGAAAAGCUGGAUGGAGGGUCUGACCCUGCAGGAUUACAGUGAACACUGCAAACUGAAUGAGACCAUUGUCAAGGAGAUGCUCGAACUGGCUAAAAACUACAAUAAGGAUCCCAAACGGCAUUUGGAAGAGCAUGUGGAUGUUCUUAUGACAUCCAAUAUUGUGCAGUGCCUCGCAGCGAUGUUGGACACAGUUGUGUUCCAGUGA